AUGGAACCACCAGCAAUCAAGAAACGCGGACGCCCCAAGAAAGUCGCAGCCGAAAAUGCUGGGGAAACAAUAGUCGUAGAACCGAAGAAAAUGCCGGCUGUAAACAACGCGACUACAAAGCCUGUGGUGUCCAAGGACAAAGUUGUCGCGCCAGAGAAGGACAAGAAGACAAUUGCGAAGAAGAAUGCGCCGGAACAUCCCACGCCCGUCGCACCAGCAACAAGCAAGAUACUCGAGUCCGUACGCGCCAAGGGGACACUGAGCAAGACAUUGCCCACCAAACCAGCCAACCUAGAGAGCAGGAAUAGCGGUACACCUCCAGCAACCAAACCCGCAACAACAGCAACAGCACAAGCACCACCCAUCUCCUCCUCACCACCACCACCACAACCCAAACCCGCUCGAACCUACCCCACACCAACAACCAUCCCCCUCCCGCAAAAACCCCUCCCAGCCCCCUCCCCUAUCUCUUCUACCUCGCACACCACAUCCCCCCGCAACCCCGUCCUCCCACCAAACCCCUACCCAUCCACCCCACGCCGCAUCCCGCCCGCGCUCUCCCAGCACACGCGCGUCAUCGAGCCCACACCCGACAUACGGCUUCCGCCCAAGUAUAAGCCCGCGGCACGCCGGGUCACGGCGAUUAUAGUGAGUUUACCGAUUGUGUUGGUGUUUGGGUACGAGUUGCUGGAGCGCUGGAGGGGGAAGAAGGAGGUCAAGGUAAAGUUUGGGGGGGAAAGGGGUGCAUGA